AUGAAUUCAACAAAACGCUCAAGGGGAAGCAGCAAGAAGACUGCCAAUAAAACAAAAGUAAAGAGCAAUGUGUCUACUGUAUCACGCUUGGAGAACUCGACUACCUGUGCUGAACUCAGCAGCCCCGGGAGAAAAGCGCUCAACACUAUCCCUACUGGCAACCAGCUGCCUCGGACUCCGGUGAAGAGAAACUCACUCACAACUGCUUACGCACUCGAAACACAGCGACACGAUAAACAUCCAGUCAGCUCUUCAGGAAACGAUGCAGACGAAAAUCCUUCAGCGGUCAGGGGUAACAUAGCGAAGGACAGGUUAAGUACACCUGAAGUGCCAGGACAGCAGCAACGCGAUGAAGGUGUUCAGAGGAAGCUCGCCCGAAGAAACAGCACCAUCUCCGCUGCAGCACAGCUGGAGAAUGCAGAUCCAGACCACUUCAUUAGGGGAAUGCAGGGAUACCAGUGGACAGCAGCAGACCUGGAAUUUGUGGAACGCACAAAGAUGGAGAGAGAAAUCCAGCAGCUAAAGAGCGAGUUGAAAACCCUGCAAAGGCAGCGAAAAGAUGAGCAACAGAAGAGGGAUUUGUCACUGGCUAAUAGAGAGAAGGUGCAGGCUGACCUCACAGAGAUGGAUGCGUUUGAUCUGACGAUGCGGCUGGCCAGAGACUUCCUGUGUCAGAAACUAGGCAUGGCUGACGUCACACUCCUGGACCCCAAAUCCCUCAUGGCACAGAUUAGAGUGGCGGAUGUGCAGCACGCCAUGCAGAAGGAGACGGCUAAAGUCGCAACACUGAAAAAUUUGGUGAAAAGAGCACAGCAUCUUAGUAAGCAAGAGGAAGAGCAAAGCCAAGAGAACAAAAGACAGAAACAGAAGAUUCGUCAAAAACAGGCAAAGGUGGAUAGAUUGAAGAAUGAACUGUCAGAUCUGAAGGCAAAGUUGUCAGAAGCAGAGGACACUCUGCAAGCCACACAGAGGCAGUUGGAGGCCAUAACGGACCCAAAGCCCACAGAGGAUGAGGGUGAGAUAGACAUGGCUAAAGUCUUGAGGCGAUCGAAGAGAAUUGCGAAGCGGAAGGAGAACUUCCUCGAGAGGGAGGCCAUUUUGAAGAAAAUACGUUCCAUGAAGUGA